AUGGCUGAUCGCGGAGGUGGCCACGAGCGAGGUAAGCGAGGCGGUGGCCGUGGUGCACCUCGUGGACGUGGUGCUGGUGAUGGCGGUGCCCCUCGUGGUCGGGGCAGAGGUGAUGGCGGUGGCCGCGGACGCGGACGUGGAGACAGUACGGCCGGGGAAGGCCGUGGUGGUGGAAGGGGACAAGGUCCCCCUUUCCGAGGAGGCGGUCGUGGUCGCGGCGACUAUUCUGGUGAAGGUGGUGGCCGCGGUGGCUACGGUGAAGGUAGGGGUGGUGGACGAGGUGGACGCGGAUUUGGAGAUCGCGGUGGACGCGGCGAUCGGGGCGGUCGUGGCCGUGGAUUCGGCUUCGCCCGUGGUGGAGGUCCCAUCGCUCCGCCAAAGGCCUUGCCAACCACUUUUCCCGAGCCUGACAAGGCCACAAACGAUCUUGAGAACGAACUGCUUAGUGUCGAGGGCAAGAUGGCCUCACUUGCGGUCAGUAAGGAGAUUGCGGUUAGGCUGCCCGUUCGCCCAGUUUUCGGCACCAAGGGCAUCAAGGUCAAGCUUUGGGCAAACUACUUCAAGCUUGACUUGAACGCGGACAGAGAUCUCUAUCUCUACCACCUAGAGUAUUCCAAGAUCGACGCCGAAUCGUCUGCCUCGGAAUCAGACACAGGAAGCUUCAAAAAGAAACGCGAGCCCGGAGAGGCUCCAAGCCUGAAAGGGGCUAAGCUUGCACAGGUCGUCGAAGCCACCGUCGACCUCGUCAAGACUUUCAAUGCGGGCGUGGCCCUGGCUACUGAGCUUAAAUCCAAGAUUGUCGCUACGGAGAAGCUCAACUUGCCCAACAACCCAAUGAUGGUUCCCAUUUCCAUUGAGGGACGCUCGAGAAGGGAUCUCUAUUCCGUCUCCUUCGAGGGCCCUAGAGUCCUUAACCUCCCUCAAGUGGCGGAAUAUCUCAGGACAAUGCAGGAAGCAGACGCCAGCUUUCCCAAGUUUGAGGAUGUCGUCGAUGCUCUCAACAUCGUUCUCGGACACACUGCUCGCACGAAGCGUACCAUCUCAGUCGUUGGCUCCAGACGAUUCUUCGAAACUGGGCUGACUGGCAACCACCCGGGCGGCUUUGAAGGAGAUGAGGAGAAGAGCUUCCUGGUGCCUUCUGUCCUGGCUAUUUGUCGAGGUUACUUCCAGAGUGUCCGUCUGUCGACUGGACGACUUCUCCUCAACACGAACGUGACUCAUGGUGUCUUCCGAGUAGAAGUCGACAUCAAGGACAUCUUCAGAAGACUCAAUAUUAAUCGUCGCAACUCGUUGGGUGAUCUGAAUGUUCUUGCCCGAAUUUUCAACCGAGCUCGCGUGGAGUACAGAUUCCGAGGAGCCAAUAGCGACAAGGACCUAAAGCGUCAAAAGACUAUCCUGGGCCUUCUCGAGUCUGGGCGCGGUAUGGUAGUCGACGGCCUGAAAAUCGAAGACACCCCGUAUCCCGGCCCCUCUCAGGUGUCCUUCUUGACACAGCUGCCCGGCGAUGCUGCCCCGGUUCACCGAACUGUUACGCAGUACUAUAAAGAAAAGUAUAACGUCGACAUCAACACCGACUGGCCGCUUUUGAAUGUCGGUACUCCGGUCAAGCCGGCAUUCGUGCCGGCCGAAUUCUGUCGCAUUCUCCCUUCCCCCGUCAAGAUCAAACUCAAUGAAAUGGACUCACAGGCCAUGAUUGAGUUUGCUUGCCGACAGCCGGGUGAUAACUACCACUCCAUCAUGACUCGGGGUCAGGAUAUCCUUCAGCACGACGCGGCGUUGCUUGGACAUUUUGGCAUCAAGGUCGGUAAAAGUCUCCUGACGGUCCACGGGCGGGAGCUGAGCGCACCCACUCUCUGUUAUAAGCCCGGUGGCAGGCAGGCCAAGACCGGUCCCAAGUUCAAACCCUCGUUCGGCGCGUGGAAUAUGAGCGGUCUGAAGUUUGCCAUUCCGGGUCGAGAGAUUACAAGCUGGGGAUGCGUGGCCAUUGGCAUCCAAGCUCAGGACGAAGAGGUUAUAAGAAUUGCCAACGAAUUCCGAGCCCAAGUCAACAACAAUUGCGGCCUUCACAUGGAUGAUACGCCUUCGCACGGACUCACUAAAGUUUUUGUCCGCCCCGGCGACCCUAACAUGCAGAGUAAGAUCGUGACAGCUUUUGGUAGACUUGCUAAGGAACGGGUUCAAAUUCUCCUCGUCUUCAUUCCACGCAAAGACACGCAGCUCUACGCUGCUAUCAAGAGGGCGGGUGACGUCGAACUGGGCAUCCAUACUGUCUGCAUGGACUGGAAGAAGGCCAGCAAGGAAAAAGGCCGAGCUGGCUACUUUGGCAACGUAGCGCUCAAGUGGAAUCUAAAGAUGGGCGGCGUCAACCACCAGUUGGUUGAUACAGUGGGCCUCAUUAAUGAAGGAAAGACGAUGAUUGUCGGAUACGACGUGGUGCAUCCGACCAACGUAGCAACGGCGGCCGAAGCGGCGGCGCCUAGCGUGGUUGGUAUGGUUGCCAGCAUCGAUAAAGAGCUGGGCCAGUGGCCGGCUACGGCGUGGGUUCACACAAGCCGAAUGGAAGUGUGCGAGGAUGAUCAAUUGAAGGGGGCGUUCGAAUCUAGAUUGAACUUGUGGAAGAUCAAGAACAAUGGACGGCUCCCCGAGAACAUCAUCAUCUAUCGAGACGGUGUUUCGGAAGGUCAAUUUGCGCUCGUUCUGGAGAAGGAGGUUCCACGAAUUCGAGCUGCGUGCCGCACCAUGUAUAAGAAGCCACCGCAUCUAGCGUUGAUUGUAUCGGUGAAGCGGCAUCAUACUCGAUUCUACCCGACUAGCCCCGAGCACACGUCACGGACGGGAAAUAUCCGGCCGGGGACGGUGGUGGACCGCGGAGUGACUCAAGCUCGAUACUGGGACUUUUUCCUCACGGCCCAUGACGCUAUCAAGGGCACUGCUCGUCCGGCACACUACACGGUACUUCUCGAUGAGAUUUUCGCAAUUCGGGAAGGAAGAAACGCGGCCGAUGACCUGGAGACCAUCACACAUGACCUCUGCUACAUGUUUGGUCGGGCUACGCGUGCGGUCAGCAUCUGCCCCCCAGCUUACUACGCGGAUAUUGUCUGCGAGCGUGCCCGAGUGCACCGAGGACCGCUCGGCCCCAGCGGAAAGGGCAGAUGGCAGGUGCAUGAGAAUAUUCGGAACUCGAUGUACUACGUUUAA